GGGAAAACAUAUCCCUCAACCGCAACUUUCUUAUUCAAGCGCUGUUUCCCACAGACCGAACACCUCGCUACCGCAGCCAGGGCCAAAAUUUCGUCGAGCCGAGCCCUCACACCAUGGCGGCGGGGGCGCUAUGGCCCGGCAGCCGUCCCGGGGUAAGGCCUCUCGCGAGCGGCCCAAGCCCCGCUCUGAUUGGAAGACGGGCCUGCCGAUCUCCUGCCUCCCCCAAUCGCCACCAGGCCUCUCCGUGCCCCGCCUCCCCCUGCCCGGUUCCACUUCCUGGGAAGUUGGCGGUUGGAGUUCGGGGGUUGCCGUUUCCCCCGGCCGGAUGGCGGCGGGGCCCGCGGAGCAGGGCUGGAGGCAGCGGGGAGAGCCGGGCCCCGCGGAGAUGGAGCCGCGGCCCCGGUCGCUCGUCUGCUCGUCGCAGAUGGAGGCCAGCCUGACGUGCGCCGUGUGCCUGUCUCUCUUCGAGGAGCCGGUGACGCUGCCGCUCUGCUCGCACAACUUUUGCCGGGGCUGCGUGCUGGAGUGCCUGGCCUCGGCCGAGGCCGCCCGCCUGCAGCAGCAGCAGCGGGGCCAGGGGCAGGCCCGCGGCGCGCGAGGCGGGGCGGGGCCGGGAGCGGACGGCGGCGAUGCGGCGGGGGCCCGGGUGUCGUGCCCGCUGUGCAGGAAGCUCUGCCCGCUGCCCCGCGGCGGCGCGGCCGCGCUGCCCGUCAACACCACGCUGGCCGAGGUGGUCAGGCUGUACCGCUCGAACGCGGCCAGGGCCGGGAGCAGUUGCCAGAAGCACCCGGGUCGGCUGCUGCAGCUCUACUGCCGGAUGUGCCGCCAGGCGGGGUGCGGGCAGUGCGUGUCUGAGGAGCACCAGGGCGUUUUCCACUCCAUCAACCUCAUCGACACCGUGUACCAGGAGGAGCAGUUGAACUUCUUCAGUAGUCUAAGAGAAAUGAGAAUAAUAAAUGAGAAGCUGAUGAAUGAAAUCUCAAGCCCUCCAAAUGAUACUGACAUGGUGCUGAAUAAUGAAGCAGAGAUCAUUGCACUGGCAUUUGGAGAAAUUUUCAAAACUCUGGAAAUGAAGAAACAGCAGUUAACAGAAGAUCUUGAAAAUCAAAGACGUAAAAAAGAGAAGGAGUUUCAGAUUUGGAAGAAAAUGAAAGAAACUCACAAGAAAACCAUUGAGAAUCUUUUGAACGAUUGUGAAAAGCUAGUUCAUGAAUGUGAUCCUCAGCAUUUCCUGGAGGUGGCCUGUGGCUUGAAUACAAGGAUGAAAACUCAACUUGACCUGAUGAAUAUAGCAUCUAGUUAUAAAAAACCACCAGAGUACACUCAGAAGAAAAUGGAUAUCAAACCUGUGGUUAACGAAAUCUUGGCUUUGAAGUUAAUGCCAGUUAAUGUGGACAUAAAUAAAGACCUACUUUCUGGAGGAAGUGAGAACUCAACAGAAAAUAUUAUAAAACAGUGGCAGGACCAGAAGAAUAUACCCAACACAUUUCUUCCAGUAGCAGGACAGGAGGAUGCACUGACAGACAGUGGUAGAAUCUGUACUCGCUUAAUGUCAAUAUCAGAAAUGCCAGUGUUUCAAAACAUGAGUCAUGAGGAGCUACGUUACAAAUACUACAUGGAACAUCAGAAACAUAAUAGGUUCAAGAUACAAACUUUACCUGCAAGUAAAAAGUAUGAAUUUGUGGCUGCUGAGGCUUUGAAGAGUAAGUCCUCAGGAAUUCCUCUUGUAUCUUCAACUACCAAAGCAAAUAAUGUGGAUAGAGUAAAAGUGAAAACCCUGUCAAGAGAAGGUGGUAUUGAUAAGACAAGCAUUCCUGGAACUAGUAAUCACUGCAUCCCAUCCACCAGUACUAAAUUGUCUGAAACAAAUGGUGACUUAAGCUUAGUUCAUGAGAGAAGUUCAGAGGAAGCAACCACUCCAGCCUUACCAGAAAACUCUAAAGACCAAGAAAUUAAGGAAAAUUUGCCAAUGCAGUCAUCAGCAGUUACAGUAUCCAACGAAAUGGACACAAAUUCUAGCAUUUCAUUGGGCUUAAGGCCAGCAGCAUCAGUAGCUGUUACUGUUUCAAAUUCAGCUAUUUCAGAUUGUUCUGCUGUUGGUGCAUGUAGCAACUCAUUACAUAGAUUUAUUAAAGAUGCAGCUACAUGUUCCUUCAAAGACAGUAAAUAUGCUUUCCCUAAAUUUUAUCUAGGAAAAUGUGAUUGUGAAGGUAAAACAGAUAACCGGUAUGAAAGCAAAUUUAGAAAAUGUAGUUCUGUAGCCAAAACCAGAGUUUCUGAUGCUUCAACCACUUGUAAUGUAGAAUCAGCAGGAAGUCAGAAACCAGUUUAUUCUUUUUCCCAUGGCAGUUCAGAAAGAGAAUGUUUUGCAGCAUCGGAAGUCAGCGAUUCAUUUAAGACUUUGUCAUUAUAUUCAUCUUUUAACCGAUCUGAGAAGCCAUCUGACCUAAAUAUACUAUCUCACAUGGGAGAAAACACAUCUUCUCUAAAGAAAACUGUAGGUGGUACACUGAAACCGUCUGUCUCAUGGGAACAGAACGCUAAUGCCUCAGAGUCCAUCACAACUGUACCUUAUGGUACUUCAGAAACCACCACUGCAGCUGGAGUGAAUGUUAUCUCUGAGUCCUCCCUUACCCCCAGCAGUUAUGUAUUUUCCUUCAAAAAUAACGGUUUUCAGUUACUUCCAAAUGAAAUUACUGAUGAAGAUAUUGUCAAAAAAACCUCUGAUUCACUGACUUCCUCCUCUGUGCUUUUGUCUAGAAAUGGUACUGACAAAACCGAAAAAGAAAAAAUGAAGUCUCUUGACAAAACACCUCUAAAUCUAGGAAAUUCUGCGUAUCCAGUUUGUGCAGAGCCUGCUUCUAGACUGAGUCAUCGAAAAUGUGAAGGCUCUUCUCUUUGUAUGAACUCAUCUAAGAACACUGCAAGUGCAGACAUACUUGCUAAUAUUAAUUCUUCUUGUACUCAGCCUUUAUGUUCAUCGGUCCUUCCUGUUAACAAUGAGAAUGCAUCUUCUACUCAACUUACUAUUACUUCAACAAAACAAGAAAUAAAGGCAAAACAUCAAGAAAAUAAAACUACUGCUGAAAUCAACUGUUCCUGUCCCAGGAGGAAAGAAGAAGGAUUUGAGUCUGUGCUGUUUCAGAAUGCAGCUUGUUCUGCCCCUGAAGCAUGCAAUGAUUUGCCUUCCGUAAGUUCUGUACUUGCAGUAAACGAGGCCAGAGGAAUGUCAAGUGACAGCGAUUCUGACACCGAAGAGCUAAGUCAAACAUCAGUGUCUACUGAUACCAGCAGUGCGUCAGAAUGUUUUUCUGUUGCAGAAGACAAAGUAUCUGCUAGAAGAAAAUUGGAGACGUGAAGAGAGUGAAAUGGAACAUAACUACACUUAGAAUAAAAUAAACGCUGCAUAACAUAUUAAACAGUGGGAAUACCUGUCAUUUUACAGCUGUUGUUCUUUAUGAUAAUCUUGCCAAUUAAGGUAUGUGUUAGAAACAUAGCUGCUUAUCAGCAAGUACAACGUACUAAAGUAAUUUUUUUCUAAAAACCCAAACUGAAAAACAGUGAUAGAUGUCAUGUCUUCUUAAAUACUUAAGAAUGACCACAUGUGCUGUAUCUUUCAGAAUACAGACUUCCGAGGAAGCGCCAUUUGAGUAUGUGUGAGGAGUAGGGAGACUGCGGUGUCUCUGAAAGUAGGCUCAGUGAAGACUCAGUAGCGGGAAGCAGUAUAUCUUAGUACAGUAGCACUUGCACUAGGGUUAUGUUGAUAGGAGAGUACGGACAAUAUCAUUCUGUUGAGCAUGGAAGCGCCACGGGGAAAUAAAGGUUGUUGAAGACGUUACUGAAAGUCUUCUUUGAUCUUCCUUUGACUAUUCUUUUUCUAUGCUGUAUUUAAUGGAUAUAGAAGGUACAACUCCUAGUUUAAUUUCAAUAAUUUUAUCCAUUUGAAAUUGAAAUAAUGCAACAUUGUUCUUGGUAUGCAUGGAAGUAUAUCAGCCACACUUCUGAAAUACUACAUAAUUUUCAGUUCCCUUUGGCAGCAAUUUGGAAAUUAGUAGAUACAUACUAACUUGCUGUUUUGAUGAGAUUAUUAUGAGAGUACAGCUCUUAAAACAAAAUCUCUGUCCAACUUUGUGCAGCAUCAGGAAAAAAGAAAAUUGCACUUCUAACUGUAAGUAUUAAUUAUCCAUAACUCGUUGAUUUUUUUAUUUUGUGAAGCAUGAUACAUAGAGUAAAAAAUCUGUCAUUUCUAGUUUACCUGUUCUCUAAGAGAUUUGUAUGCUUUAGCUAUUGGAAGAUAGAGAUGGUAGUGCGUUAGGUUAAAGGUCCUUCAUUUAGCAUGCACUUUCCAGCAAGAACUGGUGCCAGAUAUUCCACAAAUCCCGCAUUUUGUGGAUAUGUCAACUGGCAAGUAUUAGAUCAUAAAUUCUGAAGCAGAGUAUUUAAUAUCCAUGUGAAAUUUCUCAGUGGCAGCUAGAUAGUUGUGCUGGGUUUUUUGUUUGUUUUCUUCCAAAGAUUUUGAUGUGCAGAAUCAGACUCUGUAACUACAGAGUAGUUAUAAAGGAUGUAUGUUUAUUCAGUGCUGCACACCUACGCUGGGUGUAGGGGGGUUGAUCCCCUCAUACCCUGCUCACCAGAUGACAAGAAAGGCAGAUACUUAAAGAAUAAGCAGCUUACAUAUGCAUUAGAUUUCCAAGCAAAGUUUGGGUUAUUACAAUAAGUUCCCCGCCCCGAGUCUCAGUUCUUUUACGCAUGCGUGGUAUCUCGGUGGUUGCCCUGGUGGUUGUUUCUGAUGAAGGCCGCAGUGUCCCUUGCUGCGUGCUCCUGACCUGAGUCGAGUUGGAAGGUGCUGACUUUCUCUAGCCAGCCGUCUUAUUGGCUACAACUCUGUUCACCAGUCCUCUGCUUCUUUGUUAAUUCUUGUGGCAUACUGUUCUAACCGAUUGCCUUGCAUUCCAGAGAUAGGGUAGUUAUCAGUUUUACUUGGAGAAAUAGGAGACCUGCUGUCUGUAAAAUAGCUAAGUCUAUAGAAAAGCAUCUGUAAUCAGCAGCGAAAAGCUGACUUAGCAAGGCUGGGUCUGUAGCUGCCAAUUCAGCACCUCAUGUAGGUAUAUAACUUUUAACCUAGCUUUUUCCCCAUUUCAAUUUCCAAGUUCACAUUGUAACUUCAAAGGGAAAUAUCACUUAAAUUUAAAUCUGUGAAGCUUAUCCAUAUACUUAUUUUGACAGAAUACUUAUACUUAGAAUUAAAGUAAUGUUUUCUAAACUAGUUUUAUUUGUUCUAAAUUUUUGGCCUUAGUUUCAUGGUGCUAGUGAAUUCCUCUAUUAAAUGUGCUGAAAAGUAGUUUUUAGAACUUUCAGAACUUGCUUAUCUUCCCUUGGUGUCUGUGUUAUAGCAAGGAAGAUGGCAAAAAUUCUUUAUUGUUAGUGUUAUAAUUUUUUACAUUCACCCCUUAAGUCUUUUUUCUGUUUUUCCAGUUUCCUCCUGAGAAUUGGUCUACUUCUAUCUCAAAACAUUGUUAUGUUUUUUCAGAAUGCGGAGGAGAGAAGUGUUUAAAAAAGUAUCAGUUUAAAUUCCUGUAAGGUAAAGCCAUUAUAUGGUGAUAAUCGCAGUUGUGAAUGGAUCUCACUAUAAUGAAAACAGGAGUAAUGGAGACAUGUAAUCACUUAUAAAACUUGUUGCUAGAACAUUAUAUUUCAGAAACUGUUUUGUUUUUUUUACAUCAACAACAACAAAAAAUCCUCUAUGACAGGGAUAUUCAGAAACCCUGCUGAGCGUCUUAGAAUUAUUUACUUUCAGUGUAUCUUAUGUUAAUUUCUAUUUACAGUAUUUCAUGAGUUUGAUUAAAAUUAAGUUAGAUACUUUCACUUUUAAUGGAAGAACAUAAUUAUAAAAUUGUAGAGCAUAUAAACAGACUAUGAUGCACUGUUCUCAGCAACAGAAGUUGUUGGUAUGCAGUUUCAAUACAGUCCUGAAACUAACUUUUCAGGCAUGGCAAAUUGUAGUCUGAGUGCUUAAGUGACAGAUUGUAGCUCAGCAUGUAGCUUUUACAGGCAAAACAGGGCAUUACUUUUGCAUUGGCCUUUUACAGUAGGUCAUAGUAAAAUAACAGCCCAGAUAGGCAUUAAAUCAAUAGACUUAACAUAUUUUUGAUAUUUUCAAAAGUUGAUUCCUUAGUUUUGACUUAAUCACUUUUAGAUUUAGUUCUCUUUCACUAUUGUAAAAAGUCUAUUCCACUUAGUGAAAGUCAUAAAAGAAGUGAGGUGUUUCUGACAUACACUAUUCAAAGUAACAUGUAGGCUGCUGUGACUAAUGCUUUACGAGACAGUACAGUCUUCAGCAUAAAAUUAGUACCCUGUGAUAUAUAUAAAUCUGUUUUUCAUCCAUAAUUACAUGCUUCCUUCUCAAAUAUGGUUUAUUCUGACUUUAUUAUUUGGUCAGUGAAUUGUGUAUUAGCUAGAAAGAUUACUCCGUCAGGAAACACAUGGCAAUAUCUAAAUAAGGUCACUUUUACUCAGGUUGUGCAAGACUUGCUUAUGUAGAGCACAACUUGCCAGAUGGCAAAGAGUGAAUUUUAUUGAGUAAAUAUUAUUUUUCACACAGAAUUGAAGAGUUACCUGCCACUAUGUUCUAUUUUAGUCCUAAUUUUAUUUCACACAUUUUAAAAAAAAGAAGGAAAACUUUCAUCAGUUAACAGUAGCUCAGCAGCACUACCUGUCUACAUAGUUUCUUCCCCUCAAUAUCGCCCAUACAACACAUUGUACUUGAGUAGUUUAAUGUUGUUUAGAGAGAUUUCAAAUCAAAAACUUCAUCGGUGCUAAGCUGAUGAACACUAGAGCUAGCUAAUUCAAAGAAAAGGGAUUCUGACUUGUCCUUAAUAUAUAUGUUUUGCUUAUUAUCAAUAGAGAAUAACUUCCACCAGUUUCUUGGUCACUGUAGAGGUUAUAGGUGUCCCCACCCUGGAGGCAUUCAAGGCCAGGCUGAAUGGGGCUGUGGACAACCUGGUCUACUGGGAGGUGUUCCUGUCUAUAGUAGAAGGGUUGGAAGUAGAUGAUCUUAAAGGUCCCUUCCAACCCAAACCAUUCUAUGAUUCUGUGGUAACAAGGGAUGCUGUCAAAGCCAAAUUAUCUCAAUUAUCACUCUAAGCAGUGAGUGUAUGUACAUGUAUAUGCACAGCUAUAUAUUUAGGCUACAGGUAGACAAAAAUGUGUGGUUAAACUAAGAAUUGUCAACAUGUGAAAAAGGUUGUACUUUUUACAGCAAAAAAAAAAAAAAAA